AUCUUAUUAGAUUUUGAACCUAAAACCCCAAAAUUCAAAGGCAAGUGCCUCGAUCUAUUAUUGUCUCUAACUGAAUAUAAAUCUGAAAAAAAAUGGAUCAAGAUCAGCAUCCUCAGUACGGUAUACCGGAGCUCCGGCAGCUGAUGAAAGGCGGAGGAAGGACGACUACGACAACACCGUCUACUUCUUCUCAUUUUCCCUCUGAUUUUUUCGGUUUUAACCUCGCUCCUGUGCAGCCACCGCCGCACCGUCUUCAUCAGUUCACUACUGAUCAAGAUAUGGGUUUCUUGCCACGUGGCAUACAUGGAUUGGGUGGAGGAGGUUCUUCGACGGCUGGAAAUAACAGUAACUUAAACGCGAGUACUAGUGGUGGAGGAGGUGUUGGGUUUAGUGGGUUUCUUGACGGUGGUGGUUUCGGCGGUGGAGUAGGAGGAGAGGGCGGAGGAACUGGAAGGUGGCCGAGACAAGAAACCCUAACUCUGUUGGAAAUUAGAUCUCGUCUUGAUCAUAAAUUCAAAGAAGCUAAUCAAAAAGGACCUCUUUGGGAUGAAGUUUCUAGGAUUAUGUCCGAGGAACAUGGAUACCAAAGGAGUGGGAAGAAGUGCAGAGAGAAGUUUGAGAAUCUUUACAAAUACUAUAGGAAGACUAAAGAAGGCAAAGCCGGAAGACAAGACGGAAAACAUUACAGAUUUUUUCGGCAGCUCGAAGCGCUCUAUGGCGAUUCCAAUAACUUGGUUUCUUGUCCUAAUCAUAACACGCAGUUCAUGAGCAGUGCUCUUCAUGGUUUCCAUACUCAAAACCCUAUGAAUGUUACUACAACAACGUCCAACAUCCAUAACGUUGAUAGUGUUCAUGGUUUUCAUCAAAGCCUUAGUCUUUCUAACAACUACAACUCCUCCGAGCUUGAGCUGAUGACUUCCUCUUCGGAAGGGAAUGAUUCUAGUAGUAGAAGGAAAAAGAGGAGUUGGAAAGCGAAGCUAAAGGAGUUCAUCGAUACGAACAUGAAAAGGUUGAUAGAGAGGCAAGAUGUUUGGCUUGAGAAGUUGACAAAGGUUAUUGAAGACAAAGAGGAGCAACGGAUGAUGAAAGAAGAGGAAUGGAGGAAGAUUGAAGCUGCACGGAUUGAUAAAGAGCAUUUGUUUUGGGCUAAAGAGAGGGCGAGGAUGGAAGCUAGGGAUGUCGCGGUGAUUGAGGCAUUGCAAUACUUGACAGGAAAGCCAUUGAUAAAGCCGUUAUGUUCGUCGCCAGAAGAGAGGAUUAAUGGUAAUAAUGAGAUCCGAAACAAUAGUGAGAAUCAGAAUGAGAAUGGAAGCGAUCAAACAAUGACUAACAAUGUUUCUGUUAAAGGAAGUAGUAGCUGCUGGGAUGAGCAAGAGAUUUUGAAGCUUAUGGAGAUAAGAACGAGCAUGGACUCGGCGUUUCAAGAGAUAUUGGGAGGGUGCUCAGAUGAGUUUUUAUGGGAGCAAAUCGCGUCGAAGUUGAUUCAGUUAGGGUUUGAUCAAAGAAGUGCCUUAUUAUGCAAGGAAAAGUGGGAAUGGAUAAGCAAUGGAAUGAGGAAAGAAAAGAAGCAAAUCAACAAGAAAAGAAAGGAUAAUUCAUCGAGCUGCGGCGUGUACUAUCCGAGAAAUGAAGAAAAUCCAAUCUACAAUAAUCAAGAAAGUGGAUAUAAUGAUAAUGAUCCGCAUCAGAUGAACGAACAAGGCAAUGUAGGUUCUUCAACAUCAAACGCAAACGCAAACGUAACCGCUGGAAAUCCGAGCGGCGCAAUGGCAGCUAGUACAAACUGCUUCCCGUUCUUCAUGGGAGAUGGAGAUCAGAAUUUGUGGGAGAGUUAUGGUUUGAGGCUAAGUAAAGGAGAGAAUCAGUAAGUAAUUUCUCUCAAUGAAGAAGAAGAAGAAGAAGGUAAUCAUGUGGUUAACUAAUUCUUUUGAGUUAGCUAUAUAUGAGAUAAACCUUGACUUAGCUA